AGGGAUGAUUGAUAAAAGAUAUAUGUGGAGUGAAGGGAAGAAAGGAGAUGUGAAAAUAGAGAGAGAAGAUUGGGAAUAGUAGAAGAAAGAAAGAGGUGGGAGGAGAAGUUGGUAAUUAGGGAGAGUUGAGUUGGGCGCGGUGCGCAGGCAAUCCCAUCCCAUCUCGUCGCCACCCAGCCAUCAUUUUUGGUAAUCUCAUGCGAGAAUUCCAAAACCCUAAUCAAUCAAUCCCAAUGUGAAGAUCCAUCUAUUACUAUUAUUAUUUCCGAUCGAAUUGCAAUGAUUCCGAAUCCAGAGCUGAUCCAGUACGCGUGCAUUGCCCGAUCAACGACGAUCCUGGCCCAGCACCAGAGCGAGAAGGAGGCGAGCAUGGAGUCUCUGGCGGCCCAAUGCGUGGCCCAAGCCCCGCCCAACCACUCCAUGUUCUCCCACACGGUGGACAACCGCAGCUUCACCUUCCUCAUAGACCCUCCCUUCGUCUUCUUCACAAUCUCCCACCACACCCUCCUCAAGUCCCAAACCCUCCCCUUCCUCCACCGCCUCCGCUCCUCCUUCCGCCAAACCCUCCCCUCCAACCACCACUUCGCCCCCCUCUCCUUCCAGCCCCACUUCCACUCCAUCUUCACCCACGCCCUCCGCUUCGACCCCCACGCGCCGCCGCCCCCCCUCCCCUCUCCCCCUCAACCCCAGCCCCAGCCCCAGCCCCAUUUCCUCAAGAAGAAGAAGACCUCCACGCUUGACGUCCUCGCCGACGACGUCGUUUCCCUCAAGCCCCUCCACCACCACCACAAGCCCAAACACGUCUGGAAGAAGCACGUCUGGGUCCUCCUCCUCCUCGAUUUGUUCGUCUGCACCGUCCUCUUCGUCAUCUGGUUGUGGGUUUGCAGCGGAUUCAAGUGCAUGACCUAUUGAAUCCAUCCAUCCAUCACCCCUUUUUUGUCCCUCUCUCUCGGGAUUUUUCUUUUUCUUCAUACAUAUUAUGUAUAUGCAUGUAAUCGGGGAGGUUCCAUUUCCUUCCUCCUUUUUUUUUCUUCCAAUUUCUGUUGGAAAUUUCCUUUUCUUAAUCGGAAUUCAACAUCUUUUCUUCAA